CCCAAAAUGGCCGCUACGGGAGAUAAGAUAUCUAUGAAGGCAUCAAAAUGCCCGAGUGAUGAAUUGUCUUUGACCAAUGCUGCUAUAGUUAAUGCUGGUGAAUUCAAAGAUGUCAGUCAUGUUAUGGUAUCAGUCACACCCCAUACUAAUUUUGUAUUUACUAUUAUACCUCAUACUGCUGUUGCACCAGGCAGAAUAGCUUUUAAUGCUGUACAUAGAAAAUGGGCGAGUAUUGUAAUAUCAUCUGAUUUAGUUGUUAGAAAAUAUAUGUUUAAUUCUAAGAAUCAGUGUAUUGGUUCAGUCAGUCUACAGGUUGAUUAUCUUAAUAAGAAAAAUGUCUCAUCUGAAAUUCUGGACAGUGAUAAGAUGGCUGCCGAAUUCAACAUGUUGUUUGGUAAUUUUGCUUUGUCAGUGGACCAACCUCUGGUUUUCUGCUAUGAGAAGAAGAAUUUACUUGUCACUGUUCUAGAUAUUGAAGUUAUUGAUUAUACUGCCAUGGCUAAGGACAAGAUGGCAGGAAAACCAAUGAAGGCAAAUAUUGGUUUAAUGACACCCAAUACAGCAGUAGUGUUUGAAAAAGCUGAAGGUUCACAAAUUAAUCUAAAAGGAAAAUCAAAGGGUAAAACUGCUCAACAACAAUCUAUCAUCAACCCCGACUGGGAUUUCAAUAAAAUGGGAAUUGGUGGACUGGAUAAAGAAUUCUCUGCUAUAUUUAGACGAGCAUUUGCUUCCAGAGUGUUUCCACCAGAUAUAGUAGAACAAUUAGGUAUGAAACAUGUACGAGGUAUACUACUGUUUGGACCACCUGGUACUGGUAAAACACUGAUGGCUAGACAAAUUGGUAAAAUGUUAAAUGCUAGAGAACCUAAGAUUGUAAAUGGACCACAGAUUCUAGAUAAAUAUGUUGGUGAAUCUGAAGCCAAUGUUCGAAAAUUAUUUGCUGAAGCCGAGGAAGAAGAAAAGAGGUGUGGUAGAAACAGUGGUCUACAUAUUAUUAUAUUUGAUGAAAUUGAUGCUAUCUGUAAAGCUAGAGGCUCAGUUGCUGGUAGUUCAGCUGUUCAUGAUACAGUUGUCAAUCAACUGUUAGCUAAACUAGAUGGUGUGGAACAACUUAAUAAUAUUCUUGUUAUAGGUAUGACCAAUAGAAAAGAUAUGAUAGAUGAAGCUUUGAUGAGACCUGGUAGAUUGGAGGUCCAGAUGGAAAUAGGUUUACCUGAUGAACAUGGACGAGUUCAGAUUUUAACCAUCCAUACUGAGACAAUGAGAGAAAACAACAAACUAAAUCCAGAUGUUGAUAUCAAGGAAUUAGCCGGUUUAACUAAGAAUUUUAGUGGAGCGGAAAUAGAAGGGUUAGUGAGAGCUGCUCAAUCCACAGCCAUGAACAGAUUGAUUAAGGCAUCAUCAACAGUAGAAGUUGAUACAUCAGCUGUAGAACAGUUACUAGUUUCCAGGGUGGAUUUUAUGCAUGCACUACAAAAUGAUGUCAAAUCAGCGUUUGGUAGUAGUAAAGAACAAUUAGAGGAACUAUUAGCUAAUGGUAUUAUAUCAUGGGGUGAACCUGUCAAGCGAGUACUGGAAGAUGGUGAUUUAGCUGUUGCACAAACUAAAUCUAGUGAUAAAACUCCACUUGUUACUAUGUUAUUAGAAGGUACACCAGGGGCAGGAAAGACUGCUUUAGCUGCUAAAAUAACUAAACUAGCUGAUUUCCCCUUCACUAAACUCUGUUCACCAGGCAAUAUGAUUGGGUUCCAUGAAUCAGCCAAAUGUCAAGCUAUCAAAAAGAUAUUUGAUGAUGCAUAUAAAUCACCAUUAAGUUGUAUUAUACUGGAUGAUGUAGAGAGAUUACUAGACUAUGUACCAAUUGGUCCAAGAUUUUCCAAUUUAGUUUUACAAGCUUUACUAGUAUUACUUAAAAAAAGACCACCUGCAGGUCGUAAGUUACUAAUUAUAGCAACAACAAGUCGUAAAGAUGUUUUAUUAGAGAUGGAAAUGUUGAGUGUGUUUAAUACUGUAGUUCAUGUAUCCAGUAUAUCUACUAGUGACCAGCUCAUCUCAGUUCUAGAUAAUACUGAAGUCUUCACCAAACACGAGGUUGAAUACAUACAGAAGAAAAGUCACGGAAAACGAGUAUUUGUGGGUAUUAAGAAAUUGUUAGUGUUAAUUGAGAUGGCUAGACAGAUGGAUGAAAAAGGAAGAGCGAAUAAAUUUGUAGAACUUUUAGAAGAUGAAGGUGUAAUAGAAAUGUGA